AUGAGGAACACACUUGCCAUUAUGGCGGCCGCCGCUGGUCCGGCCGUCGCUACAUUCGGUCACGGUGGCUUUGGCCUCGAUAUUGGCGCUGGCGUCGAUGUUGGCGCCGGUGCUGGUAUCGGCCUUGAUCUCGGCGGUGGCUUCGGCUUCGGCAAGAAGUUCUGCGACGCCCCCAAGUUUCCCUCGCCUGGUAACUCGGACAACAAGUGCGACUCCAAGUGGAAGGGUGGCUUUGACUGGAAGGACCUCCUGCCCGGCAAGAAGUUCGACCACUACCUUGGCCUCGACUUCAAGGGCUGGAGCUGCGAGGACGACAAGAACUGGGGCAAGGUUAUCUUCGGUGAGUGUGGCAAGGACCGCGACUCGGCCCCCUCCUUUGGCUGCGGCUCCAAGUCGGGCUUUGACAAGUUCUCCCUGAAGGACUUUGAGGUCGACGUCGAGUUCGACUGCCGCCUCGAGUUCCACUACGACAUGCCCGACGGCUCGCAGUGCAAGCACUCCUCAAACUGCUUCAAGGGCAAGAAGAACAAGAUCAUCAACACCCAGUGCGGUGGUGCCAAGGACGUCAAGGUUGUCUUCCCCGACCAGCCCAACAAGUCCAAGGACACUUGCAAAAUCAAGAUCCCCAAGAUCGACUUUGACUGCGACGACAACACCCCCGACGUCCCCGAGACUCCUGAGACCCCGGAGACUCCUGAGACCCCCGAUACUCCUGAGACCCCGGAGACUCCCGACACCCCGGAGACUCCCGACACCCCGGAGACCCCCGAUACUCCUGAGACUCCCGACACCCCGGAGACCCCGGAGACUCCUGAGACUCCUGAGACUCCUGGUAACCCUACCGUCACACCCACGCCUGGGAGCCCCGAGUCGAGCGCCUCUCCUUCCGCCUCUACACCUGUCAACAACGAGUCGAGCGCCCUGCCUUCCGCCUCUACCCCUGUCAACCCCGAGUCGAGCGCCCUGCCUUCCGAUGCCACCACUCCCGGUUCUACUCCUCCCGUUGCCAGUGCCACUACUCCCGGCCCUAUUGUCUCCUCGGCCUUCUCCUCGCCCGCUGUCUCUACCACCCCUGAGAUGACCACCUCGACCAUCUUCACCACCACUGUGAGGACCAUCACAAGCUGCGGACCCGAGGUCCCCGACUGCCCUGCUGACGGCACUCCCACUGGCCCCGUUGUUGUUACCGAGACCGUUGCCGUGUCGACCACCGUCUGCCCUGUCACUGAGGUCACCGGAGGCGACAAGCCCACCACCGCCGCUGAUGAGCUUCCCGAGGGCCCCGAGCCCACCAAGCCCGCUGAGGACGACAACGAGACCCCUGAGCUUCCCGACCUCGAGCUUCCUUGCCCCGACGUUGUCCCCAAGUGCAUGAACACCUUCCUCCACAUGGUCAAGGACUGCAAGGACAACUUGGACGCUGCCUGCUUCUGCCCCGACAAGAACUUUGUCGAGGAGACCUACGAGUGCCUGUACGCCCACGGUGAGACCGACGACAUUGUCUCCGAGGCUGUUCAGUUCUUCCAGGGCUUCUGCGCUCCUUACAUCCCCGAGAACCCUGCCAUUGUCACUGGCCCCGAUGCCAUCACCUCGUACAUCACCGUCACCGGCACCCCAACCGUCACCUCGAUCCCCUACACCACCAUCAUCGUCGAGACCACCAUCACUGAGCCCUGCGUCGAGGAGGGUGUCACCAUCACCUCCUCUUCCACUGUCAAGACCAUCUCCACCGAGAUCACUGUGCCUGAGGUCGAGGUGCCCACCAUCACCCGCGGCCCCACUGCCUCCAAUGAGCUGCCCGUGGCCACUGAGACCGGCGCCGUCCCUCAGGUCCCCGAGACUGGCGCUCCCCAGGUCCCUGAGACCGGUGCCCCUCAGGUUCCUGCUGAGCCUACCGGCAUCUACAGCACCCUCCUCACCACCAAGCCCAUCGCCGGUACUGGUGGUCUCCCCAUCCCCAGCCCCUCCUCCGAUGUCCCCGUCACCGGCGCUGGCUCUAACGUCCGUGCCGGCAUGGGUCUCGGACUGGUCGUCAUGGCCGUUGUCGCCGCUCUCUAA